AAAAUAUGCGAUCGUAUUAAUUUAUUAUCAAUGUCUAAAGAAUAUCGUUAUAUUCAACGAACUACUACACGAAGUAGUCUACUUUUCACUGGUUUAUCAAAUUUCUCUGCCAUUAAUCGUCGUUCAAAUGUUUUCUUAAACUCAGCAAUCGGUGGUACAAUCAUGGAUCGUUUAUAUACAUUGAUAUUUUUCAUGAUAUUUCAAUUACAA